AAACGCCGAACAGGUCGGAUGUUCUGAAAUAAUUUUGAAGUAAACAUAUUUUUUAAGUAAAAAAUAAUUAAGUAUUAGAACAAAAGGUUUUGUUGCAAAUAUUUUUACAAAAGUGGUUAAUUAGAAGAGAUAAUCAUUGAAGUAGUUUUAUGUGAUUUUGUGUGCAUUUUAUUGAGUAUUUUAUGUGCAUAAGCCGGCUUGAGUAUACAAGUAACCUACACGUUAUAUAAAAAGGUCAAGACUAUAUUUCAAAAAUGAUGUGCGACCGAAUCAAAUGAAUAACAAAUAAAAAGAGCAAACAGUAAAUAGAAACAGAAAAUUUUGCACACAUGUGAUAUUUUAAACAAUUUUACCCCUUGAAAUUCUUGCCAAACAAAAUGAGGGAAUUCAACGCAUCAAGACUGCCCUCGGAUGUAGUUUAUAAGGAUGUCGUAGUUAUAGGUAAUGGUCCCAGUGGCAUAUCUUUGUCUUUUAUGCUGGCUGGAAAUAGAGCAUAUUGCAAAACUGACAGAGCACCUCAUGCAGACGAAUUGCUGGAGGCUCGUCUCAAUUGUGCACCUCGGGAUGUCUCUCUUGCGGAACAAGAUUUGGAGUUACUCGCAAAUGGAUUGGAGGGAAGGACGACGAAUCCUGUUUCUUUGCUGUUGGACAAUCUACAAUAUCCAUCAGCAGAUUUAGGAAUGGAAUUGCCUUCAAUGCUGGAUUGGCGAUACGAUCCAGAUAAAAUGAUCGAUCACGUCGUCCUAGGCAAAGGUAAUCCUGGUGGCUCCUGGCAUUUUAUGGAUCCUCACAUCCUAACUCUAUCCCUCGGAAAUUGGAUGUCAUUACCAGGAUACGACUUUAACACCUGGUUAGAAGAAACUUCGCCCCUGAACGAGCAGCAAAGACAUCUACACCAAAGCAAUACAGGCUCUAGGAGUAAAUCUAUAGAAAUCGAAGAUAAAAAUAUAAUACUCGAAGAUGUAACAAAAACCAAUAGAAAAUUAGAUAAUAAGUCUAGCAAUAGGGCUCCUGUUUGGCAGGUGGCUAAGUAUUAUGAGCACUAUGUUAAACAACAAGGUUUACAACGAUUUUUUAAAAAUAAUACCUGUGUUGUUGGCAUCAAACCGGUGCAGAGUAAAGGAAAAUAUUAUUGUAGACGGAAAUCCUGCGGGGUUGCUAAUUUAUGGAGUGUUACGGGAUACGAUCUACUAACGUUUGAACCAUUCCACUAUUUAUGCAAAAAUGUGGUAUUGGCAUCAGGAUCCUCAGAUCUGCCAAAUUCUUUGGGAAUUCCUGGUGAAUUGAAUACUGAAAAUAGAAGCUGGUUGACGCAUGAUGUUCGCGACUUUGAGCGUCAGAUCGAGGACCUGGACGAAGAAAACGUUAAAGAUAUGGCUCCGGUUUUGAUCCUCGGAGCAGGACUAAGUUCAGCCGACGCUGUAAUUGCUGCCAGAGCUAGAAACAUUCCUGUAAUUCAUGUAUUCAGGCAUCAGUUCACGGGCCUGGAUAAACAAUUACCUGAAAAUAUGUAUCCUGAAUACCAUAAGGUUCAUCGAAUGAUGAAAGAACCUUCCGUCACAUAUCCAAACUACACAGCAUUACCAGAACACACAAUAGUGUCCAUCGAACCCAUAACAUUUUCGCCUAAAGAAUUCUUUAGGCACAAACUCAAACUUCUAUCGAACAAUACAUCUGCUCCAACCAGGCCUGGACAUCGUGUAAAAAUACUUAAUAUAAAAACCAACACCAGCAAAGAGAUAAUAGUCUCUUUUUGCGCCAUCUUGAUCGGAUCCAGACCUGAUCUGACUUACCUUCCUGAUAAUAUGUCUGAUGAAAAAACUUACAUAGAGAACAGAAUAGAGUCUUAUUUUGAAAACCAGGAAAUCGCUCCCAGGAUCAACGCGAAAUUGAGAAGAUGUGCCUUUUGCAGAUUUUGCAAAGUUUUAAGAAACCAGUCCUCCAUGGUGAAUCAUUUACCACAAACGGAGGUUCGUCCAGUAAGACUUUCUAAUACUGGUGAUUUAGUAGGGAUUGGUGUCGAUCAGAACAAACCAGUAGAUUGCAGAUUGAAUCCAAUCGCGGUGAAUAAAUUUACUAAUAAAGUUUUAAAUGCUCCUGAUGGACUUUAUGCAAUGGGACCCCUGGUUGGUGAUAAUUUUGUGAGAUUUAUACCAGGAGGGGCAUUGGCUAUAGUUUCGGAUUUGUAUAAAAAUCGUAGUGUUCUGGAUUGUGACAUCGGUUUGAUAAAGGAAUCAGAUACUAGAUCGUGAAUGAACUGGAGCUAGUAAUUGGUAAAAAAAUUAAUUAUAAAUCUUAAUAUAUCAUGGGGAGCACUUUGCGUUCUUGGUUUUUGGCUGGUCAUUGCAAGAAACUUUGCUGAAGAAACCAUAGCUUGAAAGUGAAUUAUGAGUGACAUUUUCUCUGUACUUUUUUCUCUAGUUCUUAGUAUUAGAAAAGCAAAAGCCAAGUAGUGAAUUUUCU